AUGAUAAAAUAUCCCCAAACAUUUAGAGAUGAGACUGCUGUUGAUAGUUACAAGAGAUCUGAUGGCACAACUCAACAAGUAGCUGACCCAUACAGAUGGUUAGAGAAUCAAGAUGAUCCUAGAACUAUUAGUUGGGUAAAAGAACAAAAUCAAGUGACAAGCAAUUUUAUCAAUGAAAAGUUAACUGAUCAACUCCACCAAGAAUACAUGUCAAGAGUAAACUAUGAGAAAUUUUCAUGGUUUCGCCGUCGUGGAUCAAGAUUGUUCUUUGACAAGAACCCAGGUCUAUUGAAUCAAAGUAUCAUCUAUUUCAUAGAUUUGGAUGACAGCACUCAAACGGAACAUGUUUUGAUUGAUCCCAACAGCUAUGCCAAAGACGGUACAUGGUCGCUCUCAUCGAUUCAAAUAUCAAAUUCCGGUAAACUAGUUGCCUAUGGUUACAGUCAGAGUGGUUCCGAUUGGGUAAACUUUAAAGUCAUUAGAAUUAAUGGAUCAGAGAUUGAACAUUUAUCCGACCAUCUAGAAUACAGCAAAUUCUCGCAUCCAGUUUGGGACCAAAACGAAACUGGAUUCAUUUAUGGCAGAUUCCCUCCACCUCCAACCACUACCACCACCACCACCACCACCACCACUGCCGAUACUUUAGAUAGCUCAUUGGGUACUGAAAAUGAUGUCAACGAAUACCAAAAACUAUAUUAUCAUAGACUUGGUACACAACAAUCCCAAGAUAUACUCAUCUAUGAAUCAAAGGAACACUCACAAUACAUGUUUUCUGUCGAGUUUACUACCGACUAUAAGUAUUUGGUAAUAUACACCUCUAGAGACUGUAAUCCAGAGGUUAAUCUCUCUGUCAUUACCAAUUGGGAGUCGGUCAUCAACGACAAGACAUCAACUAGCUUUGAAGAGAUCAAAUUGGUCACAGACUUUAAUGCCUCUUACAAUUUGAUUCAUAGCGUCGAUGACAUGUUCUACCUGACCACCAAUCUCGAUGCUCCAUUGAAUAGAUUGAUUUACUUUCAACUUCCAAAACAAAGUGGUCAACCACUCGAAAUCAAAUCAUUAGUUGGUCAAGCCACCGAUAAUUUGGAAUCAGUAACAUCAUCAUCCAACAAAUUCUAUCUCUCCUACCUCAAGGAUGUUCAAGAUGUCAUCAAGGUGUACGAUAUCAAAGGACAAUACCUUUAUGAUAUUGAACUACCUGGUCCAGGUUGUGUCUCUUCAUUUGCUGCCAAUCCAUACCAUACCCAUAUCUAUUUCUCGUUUGCUUCAUUUACCUAUCCAAGUACUAUAUUUUAUUUAAAUACUAUUGAUGAUAAAGUUAAACUUUUUAAAGAACCAACCGUUAAAAACUUUAAUUCAAAUGAUUAUGUUUGUAAACAAUUAUUUUAUAAUUCAAAGGAUGGUACAAGAGUACCAAUGUUUGUGGUUCACAAGAAAGACUUUGCUCCAAAACAAAGUAAACCAGCACCUUUGAUGUUGUAUGGCUAUGGUGGUUUUGAAAUAUCACUCUCUCCCUAUUUUAGCCUUCAAAACAUAUUUUUUAUCGAUAAAUUCGAUGGUGUCUUUGUACAAGCAAAUAUUAGAGGUGGUGGAGAGUAUGGAAAAGAAUGGCACAAGAACGGUUCUCUCCACAAUAAGCAAAAUUGUUUUGACGAUUUUAUCUCUGCCGCUGAAUAUCUGAUGGACCAAGGGUACACCACAAAAGACCUCAUCACCAUUAAUGGUGGAUCAAAUGGUGGUCUAUUAGUUGCUGCAACUACCAAUCAAAGACCUGAUCUUUUUAAAGUAUCAAUUGGAGAGGUAGGAGUUUAUGAUAUGUUAAAAUUCCAUAAAUUUACAGUUGGUUCUCAUUGGUCAAGCGAUUAUGGAUGCUCUGAAGAUCCAAAAGAUUUUGAUGUGCUCUUUGGCUACUCACCAAUUAAUAAUGUCAAUUUAGAUGCAGUAAAGAACAAAGGUAUCACAUACCCAGCAACACUUUUGCUCACUGGAGACCACGACGAUCGUGUGGUUCCUUCUCACUCAAAGGUCCCUUCUAUUGUGUUAGUAGUUGACACGAAAUUUUGUUGGUUACCAAAAAAGAAAACUUAA